AUGACAGAAAUAAGCACAUAAGUUAAUGUUAAGAAUCAUGAAAGAACUAAACAACCAUCUAUUUUAAAAUGCAUUGCAACAAUACUGGAAGAGAUAAUUUAAGAAACAGACAAGUUAGAUUCUUAAUAAACAUUAUUUCAUGCUUCAAAAAUACCUGUAAUAUCACUUGAAAAUUAUUUGAUUCGUAUAGCAAAAUAUGCAAAAUGCACAGAUGAAUGUUUCGUUAUAGCUUUGAUUUAUUUAGAUAAAGUUUAAGAAUUAAAUCCAGAUAUAUUGUUAAAUAGCUAUUGUGUUCAUAGGUAUCUAAAUCAUACGAAUUAGAUUUUUAAUUAUAGCAAUAGUUUUGGCAAUCAAAUUUCAAGAUGAUGAUUUCUAUAGAAAUGACUAUUAUUCAAAAAUAGCAGGUAUCACUUUAAAAGAGUUGAAUCAAUUGGAGUCAUUAAUGCUUGAACUACUAAAUUAUGACUUAUUUAUUUAGAAAGAUCUUUACUAUAUUUACAUAGAAAAAUUGAAGUAAUAUCAAGAAUAAUGA